AUGGAUCCGCCGGGCUGGAUGAGCAACCUUCUCUGGAAAAGAGUAGUGAAAAGCCAUGUCACUUGGAACGGAACUGGUUGCUUACUUACUUUUAGUAAGACCACUUUGGUAAGCAAAAUUCGAUUAUAUAGGCAUGGUUGCUUACAAGACAAAACAAAAGCUAGCUUCUAUAUGUUCAGGCAAAGAACAUAUAGAGGAAGCAACCCUUUAUCUGAUCUGGCCUAUAUACCAGUAGUGGAGUGGCUUGCUACUUUCAAUCAGAAAAGGAAAAUUGAGCAAGGCAAGGGAGAAAGAAGUUGUCCCCUCUUCUCUGCCGCCGCCGAUCAUAUAGAGCGCUCCGCCCGCCACCUCAUGUUCCAAAGUGAAACGGUUGUUCUUCCUUCCCCGCUCCCUCUUUUUAUACAUAUGCGGUGGCGGGUUUGGCUAGGUAACAUAAUGGAAAUGUAUCGGACUGCAAAUCCUGGAAUGACGGUUCGACCCCGUCCUUGGCCUCGGGGAGUGGCGAGCAGCACGGAACUUUAA